GUCCCGCCCACAGCAUUCACGAUUAAAAUGAACGAAACUGUUGAAAUGACAGACACUCAUAUUUAUUCCAUCUAUGUAGGAGCACGUUGAUAAAUUUUUUAGCGUUACAAUCACUAGUAAAAAUAGUGGUAAAAAUUAGGGGUCGAUCCCAACUUGACUGGUUGGCGGAAGUAAUUGGACGUUGGGUCCAUAUCUGACGUCACAUAUAAGGCCAUCGCUGUAAAUAUUGUGUGUAUUAUUACAGCCACCGGUCUGUCAGUCUUGAAUUUGAUUACCUAUUUGGAAGGAAAUAGGAAGCAAUAGGAUUACAAUUUGCGGAAUUGAUGAUUUCCCGCUUCAAAUGCGGGACUCGGUGGGCAUCAUGGCGAAAAAUGGAUCCACGACAAUGCUCAAUGGAAGCAAUAGAUGGGCAAAAGGACUGAAAGAAAUUAAGAGCAAGCUUGAUGCCGAGUUCAGGAGAUUCACCAUCAACCCCAACAAAGUAGGCACGUAUGAAGACUUCUAUGCAUUCCUGGAGCGCAUGCACCAUCUUGGAGACGUUCCUUUCCUGGUAGGAUACACCGACCCUCAAGGUGACCUUCUCCCCAUCAACAACGAUGACAACUAUCUCAAGGCCCUCACCUCCUCCAAGCCACCCCUCAAGAUAGUACUACAGAAGAGAGAUGAAGUCAGUGAAGGAGACAUUCAGUAUGGUAGCACGAUACCCAGGAGAAAGAACAAGAUUUCUCAGUACUUGCAAGCUUCUCAAUCACCAAAGCCUCUCAAGCCCUUCAAAAAUAUCGGCCUUCCUCAAGACUUCAGGAGAGUCUCUGCCAUCAUAGAUGUAGACAUUGUACCAGAGACUCACCGCAGAGUCAAACUUCACAAACAUGGCUCGGACAAACCUCUUGGAUUCUACAUCCGGGAUGGAACAAGCAUGCGCGUGACGCCUCAUGGACUCGAAAAAGUGCCAGGAAUUUUCAUCUCGCGCCUGGUACCCGGUGGUCUUGCCGAAAGCACAGGCCUCUUGGGAGUCAACGAUGAAGUGUUAGAAGUAAAUGGUAUUGAGGUUUCUGGGAAGACGUUAGAUCAGGUUACGGACAUGAUGGUUGCCAACAGUGCCAACUUGAUCAUAACGGUCAAACCCGCCAACCAGCGGAACACGCUGUCCAAGAAGAAGCAGCAGCAUCUUGGGGUGUCGUCAUCGCUCUCGCAAUCCAUGGCUAGUCUGGGAAGUCUGGAUGAACUCAGCGAUGAAGACGAGGUGCAGGACCACUCUGAGAAGCCCGCGGAGACCGGUGGAGAUGGCGAGGAGAAGGGGAAGAAAACGGAGGAGACAAAGAGCGAGAAGAUGGAAAUGAGGGAGCAUCACGGAGAGGGGGAUGUGGAGAUUACAAGGGAGAAGAAGGUACCCUCUGAAAAGAUUUUAUCACAAUCCUCAGAGAAGAUCAAGCAACCGCCAGACGAUUCAGAGACUAAUGCCAUUAGCGAUAACGAGGAGUGCACGCUAUGAGAAAAAUCUCUUUCUAGACUGAAUAGUCAAGACUCGUAAUAUACAAAUGCACAUUGAAUGGGUGUUGAUGAUUAUGGUGAUGAUGUACUAUGCAGCAAGUGGACAUUUCAGAAGUAAGAUGUGACAUUGUUCUUCUUUAGUUCAUUGACAAUCCAGGCUAUCGAAGGAAGCUUGUGCACCAUAUUUGGGAUACCAGAAUGAUGCUUGCAAUGAGAUUAAAAAGAAGGAAGUUUUAGUUCCAGACAGAGGACAGGUGUGGUGGUAGGUAUCAAGGAUAACAUUCCGCUCCCAAGAGACCUUUGAACCGAGAUGUCCCAUUGUAGGUCUGGUGGAUCGGUCUCCCAGCUACAUAUUAUCAGGCAGGAUGCGAGAAAGACCAAGGGUCAGAUGGGGUCAAUGUCCCAGAAAGGUAUAAACAAUGCAAGAGAAGUACACAAGCCCAUGGGAGCUAUUUUAUACGAUAGCAUGGUAAUGAAUUUUGCUCAUUAGAAUAAAUACCCAGAUGAUGAAAGAUUGCAAAUGUAUAUUUGGUACAUAUUUGAAUGAUAUGAACAAUUUCUAGUUUAUACAUGUACAUGUAGUUCACCCUGGGAAUAUUCCUCUGUGUACAAUAUGUACAAUGUAAUAUUGCUCAUAAAAAAUGGGAUUAAGCUAUUUUUUUGUUAAUGUGGUACUACAAAGACAUCUGUAUAUUUUAUAUAUUUUCCUUUUGCUCACUACAUGUACUUGCUAUAUAUUUUGAUAAAGUACAUACUUUUUUACCCUGGUAUUAUGGAAGUAUUAACGUAGUUUGAGGUUUGAUUUACUUUUUUAUGUUGAAAUAAUCAGUCCAUUCCACCGUUUUCCUAAAUGGUUCUAUGAAUGUAUUUAGACUUCAUGUUAGGUACAUGUGCAUUUUGAUUUAGUUUGCAAACAUUUAUUUACAACAGUAACAUAUAAUGGAAUGUGACCCUAUCUGAUUUACCUACAAAUUAGCUUUUGGAUUCUUUUGGAACAAUAAGACUUUAACCAUUGUGAUGCCAUCACAGUUUCUAAAGGUGGUACAGAUAUGGUCAUUACUAAGAAAAUAUUCUUCUAACCAUAACAAACAGACAUGUGUUAUUUCUGAUUUUCUGCCACUUAAAAGUCACAGAACAAGAUUUAAAAGAUUCUUGACAGUUUGUGAAAAAAUAAACUAAAAAUGAAGAUCAAUGAAACUAUGAAAAACAAUAAGUAACAUUUUAAAUUUAUCAUCAAGGAGGAGAUACUAUAAUCUGGCUUGAUGCUAACUAGGGUCAGAUGAAAAUAUGGGUCCCAAAAUUCACUCCAAAAAAAAAAAAAAUCCAAAAUGCAAGAACGUAUUUAAAGCUGGCUUUUAAUAGAUUGACCCCCAUAGUUUUAUUUGGUUCCCAAAGAAAAGAGUUGUUGACUUUAAUACAGAAUGUUGAAAAUGUAGAAAAAGUGGUAAAAAACGAACAAGUUUUCAUGUAUUACGUUACAAAAUUUAUCUUAUCUUUAGCAUUUAUUCUGGUCAGUACAUGUACAUGUUAUGAAAAGUACUACAUAAUGCUAUGUCUAUAGUUUGAACAUUUCUGUCCAUUUUGAUGAAAUAAUUACAAAUGCUUUUUAUGUGUAUGUUGUACUGAUAUUAAUGUACAGUUAGCAUUCCAGUAAUAUGAAUUGCACUUUUGAUACAAUUGAAUGAGGGAUGAUUAUAACCCUGUACUAAUAUUUAUGUCUGAUACAUAGUGUGUUGCAUUUGUACAGUAUCAUAAUCUGAUAUUUGGACACGUAGAUAAAGGCAGUACUCUCUGUAUUGAAAAUAGUGAUAUAUUCAGGUUGAUCGGAUUAAAUUGAAUUGAAUUGAAUUGAAUUGAAUUGUAUUCAUUCAAUUGAAUUAAAUUAAAUUAGAAGAAGAAAUGGAUUGAUAAUUAUGCCUAUAACUAACUUCAUGGAAUUUCUCAAGAAAAUCAAUCGUGAUUCUAAAAUAUUCGUACAGUGUACGUGCGUGAGAAAAAAAGUAAACUAGCCGUUGGAUUGAUAUAAAAAUUAAGAUAACAAAUACUAUGGAUAAAAAUCAUCAGCCUUUUUUAUGAUAAAGAAACACAACUUAAACUUGCAUAUUAUAGUCUGGUCACAAAGGUUUUCAGGAAUUUAAAUGUUUUAGCAUAUUUUAAUGAAUUAUGCAUGAAUUAUUAAACAUGUAUAUAUAUAAAAUCUGAAAAUACUGAUUGAUUUAGUAGAAUUUUUUUUUUCCUUCUUACCGGUAAUCCCAUAUUCGUUUUUGUCAUUUGUUAGACAUGCUUAAAACCAGCUCGCCUAUAUUCCUAUAAUAUGACUGUGUGUGAAAUACAAUUCCUUACCUUUACUUCAGAUUGUUCAGAAUUGCGAAAUAUUCGCAGGUUGGGAGAUAACCAAAAAAAGAUAAACUGUGUCUUCAGGAAACACCUUGAGUUUUUUUCAGCCACGGAGAUGUAUUCAAUGAAGUUUGCCGAUAAAUUGCAUGAUAAUAUUCAUCAGUAUCCUGCCCACAGAUUCAUUAUGGUCACAUGUUUUGACACCCUUUUGUUCCUACACUUUAUGGUAGCCCCAGAAUGAUAGGUGAACAGUUUUUAAAAUGCCAUUAUAAAGCUGUGCUUCAUACCUUAUACUACCAAACUUUCUCCAAGCGGACCGAUAACUUGGCCAUUUUGUGUGUAAUGCCAAAUAUUUGUUUGUAGUGUCAGUCAUAGACGUAAACUGGGGCAUCCCUUAUGACUCUAAAUGAUGCGGUAAAUUGCUGCGUUAAAAAAAAUAAAAAUGGUGACACUACAAUGUAUGUAGUAACACAGAGCUCAGUGAGGAGCUUUGUCAUGCGCAGUUUGGGGGGUGGAUUUACUGUGGCAUAUCAGAAUACACUGUAAUAGUAGGAACAAAAGGGUGUCGGAAUGGCUAAGAUAAAAAAUGUAUAGUUAGCUUUAUGUAUAUGUUACUAAGCACACACAUUAAUCAUCAUAAGCACUUUUUCCUCUAAAUUUUUUAUUCUAUUCUAGCAAAAUGUUUUAAAUGAUGUGUGACAAUUUCCUCAUGCUCUGAGGUAUAUUCUUUGCAUGCUUCGGUAAUCGAAAUGUCUGAAUCACUUUUUGUUUGUGAAUCAGUAACCAGGAAGAUAAAAGCACAUGACGUAGACUGCAGACAUGACUUGCCUAAAACAGCUCAUAGGCAUUGGCAUGCCAUAAACUUUCCACUAGCAAAAAAAAGAAAGAAAAAAAGAAGAAGUUUUUGAACGGUAAAAAGUAUUAUACGAUGAUCUGGAUAGGUUGACCUAUGUUAACCAAUAUAGGAAGUCGUAAGGAAAUAUAGAAAAUGUGCUCAUUUGAAAUCAAACAAACUCAAAGAAGCAUGUCAAAUGUCAUUUGCAAUUAUUGCAUCAUUUACAAAAUGUAUUAUUUGAUAAAGAUCAUUACAUGAACAAUUGAACAUGUAUCUAGUCUUGUUGUCUCAAUGUCAUUUGCAUUUUCUAUAAUUUUCUUCUUUUUUAUUUGCCUCCCCAAACCCAUGUUUAAAUGUCAGAUGGUGGGAGUUUUUUUAUUAAGUAAAGCAGUGCCUUAUGUUUCUAUUUCUCUCAUCCAAAAGUGCUAAAUAGAUCUGACUUUGUGUCACUGUUAUUAAUUGCUGCAAAAUCAUUUUAAAAAUGUGGUAACUUAGAAAUUAUACUAUCCCCCAUGCUAUAUGCCCAAGCACUAUUUAGUCAUACUGGAUUGCACCAUAAUACGUAUAUGUAAUUGUUUUUUUCAUUUUUAGAUUGGCAGACAAAUGCUUAAUGUCACUUGUCACAUUGUCUGUAAAAUGAAUGCUAAGAAUAUUUGCCAUUUAUUUGGCACAAUACUUAAUUCACAAUUUAGGUUAAAUUGCACAAUACUUCUGAAGUCACUUUGUAGAUUCACUUUACCGAUGGUUUGUUGCCAGCAUUACGAACAAUGUCAGAUAAUGUUAUAUCUACUUCCUUUGAGCAGCUCAUUUACAUGUAGUCACACAUGUUCAGAGGUUCUAGUGAUUUGUAAUGCUUUUUAUUUGUCUAUCUUUGUUGAAUUGUGCACAAUCCAUGUUUAUUUCUCAUGUAAAUUAAUGUAUUCUCUGUCUCUAAGGUAAAUGUAAAUCAUCGGGUUUGAUUUUAAUAAAAUGAUUUUUUUAAAUGGUGAAGAGGCCAACUUUUAGGUAUCUUGAAACAGGUAGAAAAUCCUAAUGUAACUGCAUUUUUCAUUGCCACACAUACAGGUAAACAUUCAUACUGUAUGUAUCUGAUUUCACAAUUAAUGUAUUCAGUCAAUCCCCCAAUAUUCAUUCAUAUUUCAGAGUCCAUAAUAGAACUCAUGCAAGAUUUCAACAUCAGAGGGUAUCAUCAAAAAGUAUCUUUAAAAAAAAGUAUAUAUAGAUAUAUAUUGUCAUACCUCUGUAUGCUUCUGUAUUAUUUACCGGUACAAUUGCAAAUGUAUAAUGAUCGUAAUCUCCUAGUGUUUACUACCGUGAUGGUCAUGAUCGUACUGUGUACUAUGUUAUUGUUAACCAUGCAGAAAAAAAAAAAUAAAUAGAUAGGCAUUAAUGAAAACAAUGGCUAAAAUAUGUAUAACUUUUAAGAAAUUAUCAAAUCUGUAAAUUCAUUUGUUACCUCCUACCUAAGGCUAAAGAUGUUUAACAUGUACAAAUACAUUGUAAUUAAUUGCAUGUUACAUAGUAAAAUAUUUUUGGAACUCAAUGUGCUUCCAUGUUGUAUCAAUUGAAUUGCAGAUUCAAGACAAGACAAACAGAAAUGAUAUGCUUA